AGUGACUAAUGUAUUACAGACAGUGCGAGAGGGAGGUGGAGGAAACAAAGUUGAGUCCAAAUUGUAGCUAACCUCUUUUCCACUUAUCUCCACUCUACAAUGGAGUUUUUGCAGGUUUAUAUUUUCAGCUUAAAUGAUAUCAGCUCUUGACUGAAAUGUGUGAGCACACCAAACAUGCAUGAUAUAAUCUGUGUGUUAUUCAGUUAACUUAUUGACAUUUUUUUCUUAAUGUAUACAUAUUGCCUACAUCAAUUGAUGAUUGUUUAGAAGGAUAUUAUUCAUGGUGUUGUUAUGUCAUGCAUACUGCACUGUAGGGGAUGAUGAUGUGUGGAUUUGUGCUGCAGUGCACCAAAAAUACAUAAAAGCGUCACACUGGCCUAACAGUCAUGACCAUAUGGUGCUCCGGUGGAAGGGAAAUGCUGACUUGCUGCAUGUUGUGGUUGAGGAUCUCUUGCUUCAAAUGACUCCUGCCCUCAGUAGGAUGGACAGCAUUGGCACAGAGAGGCGGAAGCUCCUGGUGAUGCCAGAAGAAGUCUUGUCCUUCUCUCUGCAUGAGCUUGUUGGCUCUCUGAUGGUUAUUCUAAGCAAAAAAUAAAAAAACAAUUAUAGGGAGGUAGAAUACAUUGCAGUGGUGAUGCUUACACAGGAGCUUGUGACAGAGCCACCUGUGCAACGUUGGAGAUGCAUCUCAAACCAUUGAUUCAGAGGGAGUGGAGGACAUCAGCAUGCUGGUAAGGUAGACUUGAGAAAAUUGAAGGCGAUUUCAGAGGCUGCUGUGUCAGUCAAAGCUUGAACCCCACAGUAUGAGAAGAGAUGGGGAACACGGCAACCAAGUUCCGUAAGGCUCUCAUCAAUGGGGAUGAGGUGUUGGCUCUCCAGCUCUAUGAGAGCAACCUGCAGUUCAAGGAGGCUCUGGAUCCCAACGCUACAUACGGAGAAUCCUACCAGCACAACACGCCGCUGCACUAUGCUGCCCAGCACGCAAUGACGCGCUUACUCAGGUCUUUUCUCUUAAGCAAAGAUGGAAAUCCUAACAAGCGUAAUGUGCACAAUGAGACAUCUCUGCACCUUCUCUGCAUGGGGCCCCAAAUCUUGAUCUCAGAAGGAGCACUACAUCCUCGAAUCUCACGGCCAUAUGAAGACGAACAGCGUCGUGCCGAAUGUUUACAAAUCAUUCUGGCAUGGACUGGAGCAAAGCUUGAUCAUGGGGAGUAUGAACGUGCUAAUGUCAACACUACAGACAACAAGAAAAACACCUGUCUGCACUAUGCUGCUGCCUCUGGGAUGAAGUCUUGUGUUGAGUUGCUGGUGCAGAGAGAAGCAGACCUGUUUGCAGAGAAUGAAAACCGCGAGACUCCGUGUGACUGUGCAGAGAAGCAGCACCGCAAGGAGCUGGCCUUGUGCCUGGAGUCGCAGAUGGUCUUUUCGACUGCCCCCGAGGCCGAUGGUAUAGAGGCAGAGUAUGCAGCUCUUGACCGAAGAGAGCUAUAUGAGGGUCUGCGACCUCAAGAUCUGCGGAGGCUGAAGGACAUGCUGAUAGUGGAGACGGCUGACAUGCUGCAGGCCCCCCUCUUCACUGCAGAGGCACUGCUACGUGCCCAUGAUUGGGACAGAGAGAAGCUCUUAGAGGCCUGGAUGAUUGAUGCGGAGGAAUGCUGUCAACGCUCAGGUGUUCAAAUGCCCAACCCACCUCCAAGUGGCUGCAAUGCCUGGGACACCCUGCCAUCGCCCAGGACACCACGCACCCCUCGCUCCUCCAUUACCUCCCCAGACCAAAUCAGCCUCAUGCCUGCCGAUGACGAAUCUUCUCUGUGUGGUAUCUGCAUGUCUUCCAUCUCUGACUUUGAGGAGCCUGUUGACAUGUCCUGUGGCCAUGAGUUCUGCAGAGUAUGCUGGGAAGGAUUUCUCAAUCUCAAGAUUCAAGAAGGUGAAGCCCAUAACAUCUUCUGCCCCGCCUUUGACUGCUACCAGCUUGUGCCUGUGGAGGUCAUAGAGAGUGUGGUAUCGAGAGAGAUGGACAGGCGCUAUCUACAGUUUGACAUCAAGGCAUUUGUGGAAAACAAUUCAGCAAUCCGCUGGUGUCCUAUGGCCGGAUGUGAAAGGGCUGUGCGAUUAAACACCCAGGGUCCUGGGACCUCCACUUCAGACCCUCUUAUUUUUCCUCUUCUUCGUGCCCCUGCAGUAGAUUGUGGCAAAGGCCACCUCUUCUGCUGGGAGUGUCAAGGAGAGGCGCAUGAGCCUUGUGACUGUGAGACUUGGAAUUUGUGGCUACAUAAAGUCACUGAGAUGAGGCCUAAGGAAUUGGCGGGUGUGAGCACAGCCUACGAGGAUGCAGCCAACUGCUUGUGGUUGCUCACUAACGCCAAGCCCUGCGCCAACUGCAAGUCUCCAAUACAGAAAAAUGAAGGUUGCAACCACAUGCAGUGUGCUAAGUGUAAAUACGACUUCUGCUGGAUCUGUUUGGAAGAGUGGAAAAAACACAGUUCAUCAACAGGAGGCUACUAUCGCUGCACCCGCUACGAAGUUAUCCAGCAGGUGGAAGAGCAGUCAAAGGAAAUGACAGAAGAGGCAGAGAAGAAACACAAGAGCUUUCAGGAACUGGACCGUUUCAUGCACUACUACACACGCUUCAAGAACCACGAGCACAGCUAUCAGCUGGAGCAGCGCUUGUUAAAAACAGCCAAAGAGAAGAUGGAGCAGCUGAGUCGAGCUCUUAGUGGAAGGGAAGGAGGUCCACCUGACACUACAUUCAUUGAAGACGCGGUCCUAGAACUGCUAAAGACUCGCCGCAUCCUGAAGUGCUCUUAUUCCUAUGGGUUCUUUCUGGAACCUAAAAGCACAAAGAAGGAGAUCUACGAGCUUAUGCAGACGGACUUGGAGAUGGUGACUGAGGACCUUGCUCAAAAAGUUAACCGGCCAUACCUGCGGACACCGCGCCACAGAAUCAUCCGUGCUGCGUGUUUAGUGCAGCAGAAGAGGCAGGAGUUCCUUGCCUCAGUAGCCAGAGGAGUGGCCCCGAAUGACUCCCCUGAUGCCCCCAGACGCAGUUUCGCUGGUGGAACAUGGGACUGGGAAUAUUUGGGCUUCGCAUCACCUGAGGAGUAUGCAGAUUUCCAGUAUAGACGGAGACAUCGGCAGCGGAGGCGAGGUGACAUGUCUAGUCUGCGUAGCAAUACACCUGAUCCUGAUGACCCCAGCGACAGCAUUUUAGACGCACAGGAUAUCGGAGGUGGAAGAAGACAAGGCACGCUGAUGGGUCUUGGUUCCUUAGAUGACGACGACCCUAACAUUUUACUGGCCAUUCAGCUGUCACUCCAGGACUCUGGGCUGGCAGGGAGUGGGUCCAGCCAUGAGGUUCUUGCCAAUGAAGCCUCACUUGGAGCCAUUGGCACAUCCCUGCCUUCUAGGCUUGAACAGAGUGCUCCUGGUGUGGAGGUCCUCCCCAGAGCUUCUCUGAGCAGCUCAGAACUGCUGGAGCUGGGAGAUAAUUUAGUGAGACUUGGCAACAUCAACAUCAGCAGCCAGUAUUCUGCUGCUACUAGCUUAACCACCUCAGUACAUCACUAUGACAGUCACCAUCGGGCCUAUGGGGCCUCUUUGCCAAUACCAAUGGCUCCAGACAGUAGCUCAUCAACAGGCAUCUUCUCAUCAAGUGACACGGUAGACUCGACUUCAUGCAGCAACCACGACCAAUCCUCAUCCUCUGCAUUAGCUGCAAACGCUAACCUGCUGGGCAACAUCAUGGCCUGGUUCCAUGACAUGAAUCCUCAAAGUAUCACCCUGGUUUCAUCAACCUCCUCCGACACAGAUUCAAACCUCGGUGCACUCCAUACGGGUAGAGCCGUGUGUCCGCAAGAAGAUGAGAAAGCUGGUGUUGUCCUGCCUCAGGAAGUGAUGGCAGAGGUGGGUUUCUGCUCUCAGAGACUUAGUGACCUGGAUGAAAGGCAAAAAGACGGCAUUCUGGCUGAGAGGCCGACCCAGUUAGACCUAUUGGGGCUGGACACCACAUCACUACCUUACAUGGCCAGUCUUGACCCAAGCGCAGACCGCCCAGCUGAGCAUGGAGGCCCAAAGGUACGCCGCGUCGACACUCCGCAAUGUGACUCCAUCUCCGACCAGCUGCCCAGCACCAGCUCGUCUGAGUGGGAGGAUCAAGUGCACCUGGUAUGAUUUGAUUGGCUGAGAUGAAAAGAAGCUUUUUUUUUUUCUUAGAAAGGCCAAAAACCACUAGAUAAAUAGUUUUGAGGAUUGGUAGCUGUUUUGGCGGAUUGUAAACAGACUGAAGAAUGUGUCAGUUCAUAUUUGGUUGGGGACAAAGUUUUUUGACACUUGUAGUCUUUUCAGGACUGUAAAGACAGUCGUGACAUCAACCAACCCACCUGGACACAAUAAACUAAUAAAGGAGGGAAAACAUUCUGUUUCAAAUUUCAAUUAUAUAUUUACUAAAAUUGACUUUUGAUAGAAAUAAGAAAAAAUAGCUUUUUCCGGAAGAGAAGGAAGCAAGGCGAUCUGAGAUUUAGAUACUUAAGCCUUGUGCAGAAUUUUUUGUUUCCCACUGGAUUAAAAGCCUACUGUUUGUGUCUGAAUCAGGUCUGAGGGAGAUUUCCCUCUCUACAUAGGGAUUAAUAUCCAAUAUUCAUCCUGUAGUGUAAAGAUUGUUGCUCCUGCCCAUAUCUGCCUAUAUUAUAGGUGCCAAACACUGACUAGCAAAAGCACAGUUUGCAGUCACCAAGUGGAUUAUUCAAAGAAAAUUGUGCCUGUUAAAUACAGUCGACUGAAUGACUCAGCUAAACUUUAAUGUGAAAAGUCUCUAGCCAUAUUUUUAAGAUUGCGACUGCUUGAAAUUUAAACUCCAAGCGCUGUAUUGUGCUGCUUAAAACUGUAGUUUAAAGGCCAUAAGGGUUUUCAUAAUGUGAAACACUCGCAUUAUUCAACGCAUAAGCCACUCGGGCUCUGAACCAUUUCAAGAUGGACCUGACAGGGUUUUUUUCCUCUCAAAGCCUCAAUCCAAGAACACUUUGAAUAGGAACUGUCACAAGAGCUCCAAAAACAACAAACACUGACAGACCCAGAGGGGCUGCUCAGCAUCAAUCACCUCACACCUUUGUAACAACAUAUUCUGACAUCCACUGUAGCUUAUCGUAAUUAAUCAAUUCAUUAAUGAAUUAAUGAAUUAAUGUUCGAGUACUGCAACUGAAUGACGUGUGAUGAAGUGAACAGAUUUCCGUAAAUAAAUCAACCAACCCUAGGUCACUAAUUAAUCUCUUGGUCCAAUGUAAGUGAAACAAAAGAAAAGCUUUGUCCUGGACUGAAGGGUAAUACGUGGAGAAAAGAUGAAUGUGUGUUUCCUCUCACACACACACACAUGAAGGGUCCCAUGUUUUUGAAGCAGUUCUCUACACAUUUAGAGAUACAGUGCCUUUAUGUCAAUCACCAUUAUUUUAUCCUUCUUUCACACAUUUGUUUUUUUCUGAGUGUUAAUUACACCAUUUUUAUAGUGUAAACAAAACAAACACCUGUUACCUUAAAAGUUGUUUUUCUCACAUAAAGUUUGUAGUGUGCAAGUAUGAACUCUUUGAUUUUAAACAGGAAAACAAAAACACAACAAAAAUAGUAGCAGGGGAUGUUUUGUUUAUUAUAGAGGUAUUAACAGUUAACACUGACUUUAUAUGAUUUGCUAUAAUGGGUAACAGUGGUUAAUGGCAUACUUUUCAAAAUCUCUUUGAAAAAACCCCCCGUUUUAUUUCUUGCUUCUUUGUGCAGCAGUUUUUCUGUGGUUUAGAAAAGAAAAUCACUGUAUUGAUUUUAGUUGACCCACUGUAAGUGUAUCAUGUAUAGUACCUGACAUACCUGAAGACACUAAAAUGGAGGAAAGUUGCAAUAUAAGGUAGGUAUUUAUUUGAAAUUACAUUUGAUCUGCUCAAGAAAAACCGAGUGUGAAUAACCAAUAUGAAAUGAAUACAUCAGUGUUUCAUAUUUUUGUACAAACUAAAGUAAACAAUGUUGGGAGCCUCUUUAAUUCAGCAAUCAAUGAACGCUUUGAGAAGCUGUGAAACUUUGGAGUGCCAAACGGUUAGAUGGGCUAACUUUGUUGGUCCUGUUAAUGUAAGUGGAUUAAACAGAGGAGAUAACACAUGUUGCCCCUUUUUUGUGUAAAGACGAUGCUGCGCUGAAAUGGGUAAAUGGAGUUUGUUCUUCCUCUAAUGUCCAGGUGAUUUUAUUUCAAGAUGGCAUCUAAUAUUUUGUAACUCCUUUUAGGUUUUCUAUUGUGAAGCAACUAAUCCUUGAAAUGCUAUUUGCACUUUCAUAGUCUAUACUUGAUACAUUCCCUCUUUAUAUGAAAAAAAACAAACAACGUUUGAUGUAUGAUGCCAAUAAACUAUGUGUUGAGUUUUAA